UCAGUGCUCAGCAACAUUGCAUGUUUGUCAGUGUGGCAACCAGAGUCCGUUAACAUCCAUCACCAGAUUUAAGAACAGAGGUUUCUCAUGCUGCCUUGUUUACAUGAUGGAAGGCUAUGUCAUAUCACCUCCCUCAGAGGAAAUUAUUCCAAGUGAGUCAGAGAAUUUCCGUCCGCCUGCAGAGCUGUACCCGUACCUCACUAAUGUAGGGGAGAUUUAUGAAGACCACAGAUGGACCUUCCACUCUGAGCGCGUCCAGCUGCUGGACCUGGAGAGUUCCCCAGUGAAUCAGCUCACAGAGCUUCAGUCUGUGACCCCUCACAUACCACCCUACCGCUACAGCAGCGAGUGUGUGCCGCUUCAUCUGGAGCCUCCACUCUCUGUGUCACCACAGAUCCCGUAUUACACCUCAUCCCUGUGCUACCAGUACCAACCCUCGGCCUCCCCGGGCCAUUACUACUCAGAGGAGGACCAGAGAGGAGUCAGUCCCCCGCUCGAGGUGUCAGAGGGGGAAGAUGAAUAUGAAGACCACAGCCACUCAUCCUUCAGGAAAGACCACAGUAACAAGAAGAAAAUCCGCCUGUACCAGUUCCUCCUGGAUUUGCUAAGAAAUGGUGAAAUGAGUGACAGUAUCUGGUGGGUGGACCAGGACAAGGGCAUCUUCCAGUUCUCCACCAAACACAAAGAGGCUCUGGCCAGUCACUGGGGCCUUCAGAAAGGAAACCGCAAGAAAAUGACCUACCAAAAAAUGGCCCGGGCUCUGAGGAACUAUGGCAAAACUGGAGAGAUAAAAAAAGUAAAGAAGAAGCUAACCUAUCAGUUCAGUGAGGAAGUGCUGAGGAACCUCUAUUUACGUCCGUACCCUCACUGAUUAGGAAACACAGGCAGCAUUUUAUUAUCACGCUGAAAUCACAAACUUUGCCCAGAUUUAAUUUGCCUGUAGAUUUGCAUUUUACUUUGUUUUUCUACCAAGUUUUCUCACUUAUUUAUUUGUGAUGAUGGUGAACUUUGUCUAUGACAUUUGCGAACUUUGAUAUAAAUUGCUUUUAUUCCCAAAUUAAGUUUGUUUUGUCUGUGCACUAUGAUUAAAUGGUAAUUAAAUAUCUGGGACAGGGAUUAAAGAAAAAACAUACAUAAAAACACAAAAAUCUUAUCAGGAUCAUGUUUUUUAUGAAUGUGUGUAAAUAAAUGCUAUGCUGUAAAUUACUCAAAUGAAUU